CACAACAGAGUGGGCAGAAGUAGAAGAGUGAAUGUCAAGUUGUAGCAUGGUGCGCUAAUGUCGUUCGGAGUAAAUCAAACACUGCAGAAAUGACCAGCCCCGCUUUAUUUAGCGUCGCAUUGUUUACCAGACACAUUGCAAACAAUGCACCACUACUCACCAUACGCAGGACUAACGCGUUAAACAAGUUACAGGCGUGUGGGUAUGCGAAAAAAGUGGCCGCUAAAGGCAAAGGCAAGGGGAUGGUUAAAGAGGAGCUGAAAGGACCAGAGGUGUGCAAAGAUCCAGCAAGACUGACUUCUUAUGCAGUCGGGGUCAACAUCUACAAAGAGGGAGAAGACCCCAAACUUAAACCCGUUCAGGAAUAUCCAGAGUGGCUCUUUCAGUUAAACCUGGAGGCACCGUACAUGCUUCACGAGCUGGAGGAGGACAGCUGGGAUUACUGGAAGCGUCUUCGAAAGGAAAACAUUUGGCGCCACAACAAAUUGCGUAAAGGGAAGAAGUUCUAGACUGGACUGGGUUGUUUCGAUCAUGUCGUUGACUCUCGUGUACAUGUGUUGAGAUAUUGUUUUCUAAUGUCCAUCCCUCAUUAAAAAUAUACUUUAACCAUU